AUGCUCGCCGUGUUGUUCGCCGUCCUACCCAUCUUCCUCGCCGUCCAAUGCGGAGGCAAAAAGAAGAAGUUUGCUCAAUUCCUCGUUUCCUUUUCAAUUAUUCUAAUUCAGCAACAAGAGCCCACCCUCGAAGAUGGGCACGCCUUCGAAGGUCGGCCUACCGCCAUCCGCGCCUCCUCCCGCCGCUGCUCCAGCUCCCGAACCCGAGAAGAAAGAAGAGGAAAAGAAAGAGGAGGAGAAGAAGGAAGAGGAGAAGAAGGAUGAGAAGAAGGACGAGGAAAAGAAGGACGAGGAGAAGAAGGACGACAAGAAGGAGGACGACAAGAAGGAGGACGACAAGAAGGAGGGAUCUAAGAAGGACGGAUCUAAGAAGGACGGAUCUAAGAAGGACGGAUCUAAGAAGAAGUCCAAGAAGAGCCAGAAGUCGAAGAAAGAUGACAAGGUAGAUUUAACUUCUUUUUUUUCACUUUUGAAACGAUUGGGUUGCAGAAGGAUGAGAAGACGGAUAAGAAGGACGACGAGAAGAAGGAUGAAAAGACUGAUAAGAAGGACGAAGAAAAGAAAGAUGAGAAGAAGGAUGAAAAGAAGGAUGAUAAGAAAGAUGAAGAGAAGAAGGAUGAGAAGGAAGACAGCAAUGUAAAUUUUUAAACUUAAGAGAAAGCUCGCUUCUUCAUUGGGAAAAUACUUGGCAGACUGUUUUUAGUAUGAUUUUUUCCAGUCAAAAGAGCUUGCAAGUUGUUUCAGUUGUUAAAAGAAAGAUAUCAGCUUUUUAUUUGAAAAUUGGAUGCAAAAACGCAUUGAAAAUGUUCAGGUUGACAAGAAGGACGGAGACAAAAAGGAAGACAAGAAAGACGAGGAGAAGAAAGACGAGAAGAAAUGA